AUGACAUUGUUUGACCAUGGUGCAUGGAAGAUGACAAACUGGAGCGGAUCAAAGCCGACCGAGCGAAGGUUUUGGUUCAUGGACCUUCAGGAGGAUCCUUUGUUUAACGAAACUGUCUUUGAAAGGCUCAAGCAACUGACUGGGAAGGACUUACAACUGCGAAACGUGUAUGCAAAUGGGCAAACGUUUGGACAUGACGGCGACUUCCACACUGAUGGUGCAGAUGACUCACACUGGACGUUCCUCAUAUAUGCUUCUGAGGUCACAGAUGGUGGUCUUACAGUCUUUCGGAUACCAGGAACUAAGCUGCUCUCUGCUGUUGAGCCCAUUAAAAACACUGGUGUAAUGUUCAAAGCAAAUCUUGUGCAUAGAGGCUUGGCUCCAUCAAGAGAUUGUGAAGCCCUAAGAGUGACAAUAGCUUACAAGCUACGUGAGCAGACUGCACCAUAG